UUGGCAGAACGGCGUCCAAUAGAUGAUGAGCUGUGCAGUACGUUCCUUUGCGUGCGCGUUCACGCAGUCAGGCGCGCUAGCCAUUGAAACUAGCCCGGACUUGUGUGCAGAAAGUGAGAAAGCACAAACAUCACUAUAAGUGGUACAGAUGGCGGAGUGGAACGCCUACUACAGAAAUGAUGAGGAGGAGGAGGAGCAAGAGGAAGGAGAACAAUCUGGAGGAGAUUACAGGAUCACAGGGAGAGACAGUCUUGUCUUCCUGGUUGAUGCCUCCAAGGAAAUGUUCAUCAAAGGAGAAGACGGACAGCCCUCCAACUUUGACAUGACCAUGCAGGUUGUUCGCAGUGUGUACACCAGUAAGAUUAUCAGCAGCCACAGGGAUCUGGUGGCUUUGGUUUUCUAUGGCACAGAGCAGAGCAAAAAUCCAAGGAACUCUUUCAAACAUGUCUAUGUGUACCACGACCUGGAUGAACCCGGUGCCAAACGAGUGCAGGAAAUUGAUGCUCUGCGAGGUGAAAAAGGUGCCCAGCUAGCAGCAGAGACGAUGGGGAGCGGGGAGACUUCACUGGGUGAUGCCCUGUGGUGCUGCGCCAACCUGUAUAGUGACAUCAAGUUACGUCUCUCACACAAGCGACUCAUGAUCUUCACCUGCAGGGAUGAACCACACAUGGGAGACAGCGUUAAGGACCGACAGGCUCGCACCAAGUCCAGUGACCUCAAGGAGACUGGUGUCGUCAUUGAUUUAAUGCAUCUCAUGAAACCUGGUGGCUUUGAUGUGGCGCCCUUCUUUCGUGACGUUGUAAGUCCACCUGAGGAUGAAAGCGAGUUGGGGCUGCAGCUGGAGCCCUGUGACAAACUGGACGACCUCAAGAAGAGGGUGCGGGCAAAGGAGCAGAAGAAGAGAGCCAUGGCCAGAUUGAACCUGUGUCUUGGUGAAGGAGUAAAUGUAGCUGUGGGAAUAUAUGCAACUGCUGUGACAGCUCGGAAACCAGCUGCCAUCAAACUUUACAGGGAGACCAACGAGCCAGUCCGCAGCAAAACCCGCAUGUUUCACACCGAGACAGGCAGUCUGCUGCUGCCCAGUGAAAUAAAGAAAUCCCAGACAUACGGUAAGAAGCAGAUCGUGAUGGAGAAGGACGAGGUGGACUCUAUCAGAAAGUUUGAGGAUCCUGGUCUGUUCCUAAUCGGAUUCAAACCCAUGGAGAAGCUCAAACUUCACCAGCAUAUCCGACCUGCCGUCUUCCUCUAUCCCGAAGAGGAUGAAGUGAAAGGCAGUGCAUGUCUCUUUUCUGCCUUGUUGACAAAGUGCAGCGAGAGAAAUGUGUUUGCUCUGUGCCGCUGCGUCGCUCGGCGAAACUACUCACCUCGAUUUGUCGCCCUGGUGCCUCAGAAAGAACAGAGUGACGAGUCAAAAGUACAGAUUACACCACCAGGUUUCCACGUCAUCUACCUGCCAUAUGCUGAUGACAUGCGGACUCUGGAUCCUCCUCAGUCCCCAUCAGCUUCACAGAUACAAGUGGACAAGAUGAAGGAGAUCGUGUCCAAGCUGCGCUUUAAAUACAGGAGUGAUGCUUUUGAGAACCCCGUCAUCCAGCAGCAUUUCAGAAACAUGGAGGCCUUGGCUCUGGAUAUGAGGGCUCCAGAGGACACUGAGGACCUCAUCAUGCCAAAGGUGGAUCAGAUUGAUCAUCGUCUGGGUCCUUUGAGUCAGGAAUUUAAAGAUCUGGUGUACCCGGACGGCUAUAAUCCUGAGGGCAAACCAGCUGCCAAACGCAAAACAGCUCAAAACGGAGGCGGAGCUGAGAAGAAACCCAAAGUAGAGGUGGGAGAAGAUGAUCUGAAGGCUCAUGUGCAGAACGGCACCCUGGGAAAGCUGACUGUACCUGUGUUGAAGGAGGCCUGUAAGCAGCUUGGGGUUCGGACCACCGGGACCAAGAAGCAAGAGCUGAUCGAUGCACUUACUGCCAAGCUUGGGUCAUGAAGAGUUAAAACUAAGCCACACUGUGCUGUGCGACAGUGAGCAGGCAGACAUGGUCAGAUCAGCGUAUCUGUUGUCAUACUUAUUACUCAAGGGUAGAGGAAUGUCUUCAAACACUCAGCCGUUCUGGAUUUUUGGACCGACCAGAAAAAGUGCUUGAUAGGAUAUAAAACAUGUUGCUGCUUUUCCUUUUUUUUGCAUUAAAGCUUGGUUCAGUGCAGAUGAUGAUUUCUGCAGCUAAUUCGUCCCUCUCAAAUUACAUAAAUAGUGUUCAAAUGUAAGCAAGACGGUUAUUUAUCUGUGAUCAGAUAACCCCUGACUGUUAUGGAUGUAAACGAAAUUGUUUUUUCUACUCAUUGAAAUACACUGUACAAUACAUAAAGGUAUUGUAACCAGUGACGACCUUGUUAAUAAUUGUGCUUUCUUGCGAAUAAAACAACACAUUUUGUUAGCCUGCA